UUUCGGAUUUAGAUACCGCUUUUUGCUUCCUGUUUCCCUGCUUCAUCAUCACGCAGAGAACUCUCUUUCUCUCUCUCUCUUCGAUCUCAUCUUUCCUCAAUCGCCUGGUUUCUGAACUGAAUCGAUUGAAGCUAUGAGUCUCUGCAAAUGGGUUUCCUUUCUUUUAAUCAUUCACUUACUCAACUCGUCUCAGAUUUCAUCUUCAUCUUCUUUAACCUCAAAUGGGUUUUCCCAAAUCCCUUCAAAGUUUCUUGCUUUAGCUAAAAGAAGCGAUUUUUAUGAUUGGAUGGUUGGGAUCAGAAGGAGAAUCCACGAGAACCCGGAGUUGGGUUACGAGGAAGUGGAGACGUCUAAGCUCGUUAGGACAGAGCUGGAGAAGAUGGGUGUGUCUUAUAAGUACCCAGUUGCUGUUACUGGUGUUGUCGGAUACGUUGGAACUGGUCAAGCUCCUUUCGUUGCGUUGAGGGCUGAUAUGGAUGCACUUCCUAUGCAGGAAAUGGUGGAAUGGGAACACAAGAGUAAGGUUCCUGGGAAGAUGCACGCUUGUGGACAUGACGCUCACACUACCAUGCUCCUCGGUGCUGCAAAGUUGCUUAUAGAACACCAAGAUGAGCUACAGGGUACAGUGAUUCUAGUUUUUCAACCGGCUGAGGAAGGAGGAGGAGGUGCAAAGAAGAUUGUGGAAGCUGGAGUAUUGAAGGAUGUGAGUGCAAUCUUUGGAUUACAUGUUACAAAUCAGUUGGGGUUAGGCCUAGUAAGCUCAAGAGAAGGUCCAUUGUUGGCUGGUAGUGGCUUUUUCGAAGCUAAGAUAAGCGGGAAAGGAGGUCAUGCAGCUCUUCCUCAGCACGCCAUAGAUCCGAUACUGGCAGCUUCAAACAUUAUCGUUACCUUACAACACCUCGUUUCACGUGAGGCAGAUCCUUUAGACUCGCAGGUAGUUACAGUUGCUAAGUUUGAAGGUGGUGGUGCUUUUAAUGUGAUUCCAGACUCUGUUACCAUCGGUGGUACAUUCAGAGCCUUUUCAACUAAAAGCUUUACACAACUCAAGAAAAGAAUUGAACAGGUUAUUACAAGGCAAGCGAGUGUGCACAUGUGCAAUGCAACAGUUGAUUUCCUUCAAGAGGAGAAACCUUUUUUCCCACCUACCGUUAACGACAAAGCCUUGCACAUGUUUUUCAAGAACGUUUCAGGUGAUAUGUUAGGGACUAAGAACUACUUCGAGAUGCAACCGUUGAUGGGAGCAGAAGAUUUCUCUUUCUACCAAGUAUCGAUGCCUGGACAUUUUAGCUUUGUUGGAAUGCAAAACGAAGCUCAUUCACCAAUGGCGAACCCUCACUCGCCUUAUUUUGAGGUCAAUGAAGAAGUACUACCUUAUGGUGCUUCUCUGCAUGCUUCCAUGGCCACAAGAUAUCUUCUUGACUUAAAAAUUUCGUCGCCGAGUAACUCUAAAGAUGAACUUUGAUGUCCUCUACAGGGUAAACAGUUUUAAUUCUUGUUUCUUACAGAGGCUUCCAUGUAAAGAUCAAUAAAAUUUUUAUGCAAAUGUCAAGCUUCUG